AUGGCGAAAACCAAGCAGACGGCGCGCCGCAGUACUGGCGGCAAGGCGCCCCGUAAACAUAUUGCGUCGAAGGCGGCGAGAGUAUCCGUUGAAGAUCACAACGCUCGUGAGAGGAUAAUGUGGCUAUUGUCGCAAAGAACGGACGUAAUGAAGGUGUCGAAGAAUGAAAAAGCUUCGCCUCGUUUUCCGUACCAUGUUUGGGUCGGACCGAAUCUGACAAGGUAUGACUUGGAUUUGACGGAAAUGCCCCGCCUUUUCGGUCGACAUGUGGUCAUCCACGUAAGUGGGAGAGGAAAGCACGGGGUCUCGGUGAUGAGUUUUCCCGAGUCGGGCUGA